UCACCAAAAAGUAUCCAAGGGCAUUUUUGUCAGAAGGCCUAAAUAACUAGACAAAAGCGCGGGAAAACGCUUCAGCCACCGACCACAGUGGGAGAUUGCGAAGCAGCUGUGAUACGAUCGAGGAGGAAGCAACAAUGAACGGCGAAGGUAGACGUAGAGAGCGCAGAGAUUCGAGAAAGAAACAAAAUCAUAUCCGCAACGCCGAGGAGGAACUCGAAUCCAAGCUAGGGUUUGAUCUAUUUUCUGAAGGCGAAAAGAGGCUGGGAUGGUUGCUCACUUUUGCAUCUUCAUCUUGUGAGGAUCAAGACACAAACAAGACAUAUAGUUGUAUCGAUCUGUACUUUGUUACGCAGGAUGGCUCUACUUUCAAAUCCAAGUACAAGUUUCCCCCUUAUUUCUAUGCCGCCACGAAGGAAAAGAUGGAAAUAGAUGUUGAGGCAUAUCUGAGGCGACGAUACGAAGGACAGAUUGCUGAUAUAGAAAUUAUGGAGAAAGAAGAUCUUGAUCUUAAAAACCAUUUGUCUGGUUUCCGCAAUUCUUAUUUGAAGAUAUCCUUCGAUACGGUCCAACAACUGAUGCAUGUGAAGAAUGAUCUGCUGCAUGUUGUUGAAAGAAACCAGGCAAAGAUUGAUGCUACAGAGGCAUAUGAAUCUAUAUUAAGCGGCAAAAGCAAGCAAAGACCUCAGGACUUUAUAGACUGCAUCAUUGAUCUCCGAGAGUAUGACGUUCCUUAUCACGUUCGCUUUGCCAUUGAUAAUGAUGUAAGGUGUGGGCAGUGGUACGAUGUUAGCGUAUCUAGUAAUGGUGUUGUUCUGGAGAAGAGGAGUGAUCUUCUACAACGUGCUGAAGUUCAUGUUUGUGCAUUUGAUAUUGAGACAACAAAACUUCCUUUGAAAUUUCCAGAUGCUGAAUAUGAUAUGAUAAUGAUGAUAUCUUACAUGGUGGAUGGACAAGGAUAUCUUAUAAUUAACAGAGAGUGCGUGGGGGAGGACAUAGAAGAUCUGGAGUACACACCAAAACCAGAAUAUGAAGGGUAUUUCAAAGUGAAAAAUGUGAAAAACGAGGAAGAGCUCAUUAGACAGUGGUUUGUUCAUAUGCGAGAGGUGAAACCUGGUAUAUAUGUCACAUACAAUGGUGAUUUCUUUGACUGGCCAUUCCUGGAAGCUAGAGCAGCUCGUCAUGGAAUUAUAAUGAGCAAUGAGCUGGGGUUUCAAUGUGACAAGAAUCAGGGGGAAUGUCGUGCUAAAUUUGCUUGCCAUCUGGAUUGUUUUGCUUGGGUGAAACGUGAUAGCUAUCUUCCUCAAGGGAGCCAUGGUUUAAAGGCUGUUACGAAGGCUAAGUUGGGAUAUGACCCACUUGAGGUGAAUCCUGAGGAUAUGGUACGCUUUGCCAUGGAACGUCCCCAGACCAUGGCUUCUUAUUCAGUAUCAGAUGCUGUUGCAACUUACUACCUGUAUAUGACCUAUGUUCAUCCUUUCAUUUUCUCUCUUGCGACUAUAAUACCUAUGCCGCCUGACGAGGUUUUACGCAAAGGAAGUGGAACCCUUUGUGAAAUGCUCCUCAUGGUCCAGGCAUACAAGGCAAAUGUUAUCUGUCCUAAUAAGCACCAAGAUGAUCCGGAGAAGUUCUAUAAUAACCACCUUUUGGAGAGUGAGACGUAUAUAGGUGGUCAUGUGGAGUGCCUCGAAAGUGGUGUUUUUAGAUCUGAUCUUCCUACUAAGUUUCGUCUUGAUCCAUCUGCAUAUGAGCUAUUAAUCAGUAACCUUGAUCGUGAUCUGCAAUAUGCAAUAAAGGUGGAGGGUAAGAUGGACAUUGAAUCUGUCUCCAAUUAUGAUGAAGUGAAAAAUGCUAUCAUGGAAAAGCUUGUAAGGUUGCUGGGUGAUCCUAUUCGUGAGGAAUGUCCUCUGAUAUAUCAUCUAGAUGUUGCUGCAAUGUAUCCAAAUAUUAUUUUAACAAACCGGCUUCAGCCGCCUUCAAUAGUUUCAGAUGAGGUCUGCACUGCAUGUGAUUUUAAUCGUCCGGGAAAAACUUGUCUUCGAACGCUCGAGUGGGUUUGGCGUGGAGAGACUUUCAUGGCAAAGAAAAGUGACUAUUAUCAUUUGAAAAGGCAAAUUGAAUCUGAGUUCAUUGAAACUGGCAAUGGUCAGUUGCCAAAAUCUUUCCUUGACCUGCCUAAAUCAGAUCAACAAUCAAGGCUGAAAGAGCGUCUUAAAAAAUAUUGCCAAAAGGCAUAUAAGAGGGUCCUUGACAAGCCAAUCACUGAACUAAGAGAAGCUGGGAUAUGCAUGAGGGAAAAUUCAUUCUAUGUUGACACUGUUCGCAGUUUCAGAGAUAGAAGGUAUGAAUAUAAAGGACUAAACAAAGUCUGGAAGGGGAAGUUGGCAGAUGCCAAAGCCAGUGGAAAUCCUAUAAAGAUCCAGGAGGCACAAGAUAUGGUGGUUCUCUAUGAUUCUUUGCAGCUUGCUCAUAAAUGUAUACUUAAUUCCUUCUAUGGAUAUGUCAUGCGCAAGGGUGCUAGAUGGUAUUCGAUGGAAAUGGCUGGAGUAGUCACUUAUACGGGUGCAAAAAUAAUUCAGAAUGCUCGCUUACUGGUUGAAAAAAUUGGAAGACCACUAGAAUUGGACACAGAUGGAAUUUGGUGUGCGCUUCCUGGAUCUUUUCCUGAGAACUUUACCUUCAAAACAAAAGACUUGAAAAGAAAAUUGACGAUCUCAUACCCUUGCGUUAUGCUUAAUGUUGAUGUGGCAAGAAACAAUACAAACGAUCAAUACCAGACACUCAAAGAUCCUAUUCAUAAGACAUAUGAAACACAUAGCGAAUGCUCCAUUGAGUUUGAGGUGGAUGGACCAUACAAGGCAAUGAUACUUCCUGCUUCAAAGGAAGAGGGCAUUUUAAUUAAGAAGAGAUAUGCUGUUUUUAAUGAUGAUGGAACCCUUGCAGAGCUUAAAGGUUUUGAAAUCAAGCGUAGGGGUGAGCUGAAGCUCAUUAAAGUUUUCCAGGCUGAGGUUUUUGACAAGUUUCUCCAUGGAGGAACCUUGGAAGAAUGCUAUGCUGCAGUUGCUUCUGUUGCAAACCGCUGGCUUGAUCUUCUCGAUAGUCAAGGUAGUGAUAUUGCUGAUAGCGAGUUGCUUGAUUAUAUUUCUGAGUCAAGUACCAUGAGUAAAUCCUUGGUUGACUAUGGAGUGCAAAAAUCCUGUGCUGUGACUACUGCAAAACGACUUGCUGAUUUUCUUGGUGAUGCAAUGGUUAAAGACAAGGGUCUACGUUGUCAAUAUAUAGUUGCACGCGACCCACAGGGCACUCCAGUAAGUGAGCGUGCUAUUCCUGUUGCUAUAUUUGAGACUAAUGCUGAAAUUGCAAAGUUCUAUGUGCGGAAGUGGUGCAAGAUUUCAUCAGAUGUCGGCAUUCGAUCCAUUGUCGAUUGGUCCUAUUACAAGCAACGGCUUUCUUCAACAAUCCAGAAAAUAAUUACAAUACCUGCAGCAAUGCAAAAGGUUUCUAACCCUGUCCCAAGAGUAAUUCAUCCUGAUUGGCUGCAUAAAAAGGUCCGUGAGAAGAACGACAAAUUUCGCCAACGCAAGCUAAAUGAUAUUUUCAGCCCGUUGAACAAAGAUAAUACCAAGCAAGGGGAUUUUCCUGCUCUUACCUCUAGUCAUGCAUUGGAUAGUGUAAAUGUUGAAGAUAUAGAAGAUUUAAACAGAAGUUCUACCAUGAUUGGACCUCGACCUACUGUUCGUAACUAUGACGUUAACAAAGAAAAACAUUUAGCUAAGACAUCUUGCACCUUAAUUUCUUUGCAACAACAACAAACUGAUGCUACAAAGGGGAUGUUUCAUCAAGAUGUUAUGUCUGCUAAAAAUAUCGACAAAAAUGUUGAUUACCAAGGGUGGCUUGAAGUAAAGAAGAGAAAAUGGAAAGAUACUCGAGAGGAAAGAAAGAGGCAAAGGGGCAGUGUAAAGAGAGUAUGCAAAAAUAAUGAUAUUUCUGAGUUGUCUGGUGCUGAGAUAAGCCACAAACAAGGCCAAGGCAGAGGCCAGUUCAAUUCAUUUUUCCGGAGGCCUGAGUUAGCGCUUUUGCACUCGUACUGGCAGAUAAUACAGCUCAUUCCAAGUUCACAACCUGGACAAUUUUUUGCAUGGGUUGUUGUUGAAGGAAUCAUGCUUAAGGUUCCUAUAAAUAUACCCAAAAUAUUUUACCUCAAUUCUAAAGCACCGAUUACUGAAGAAUUUCCUGGUAGGCGUGUCAACAAAAUUCUUCCUCAUGGACGUCCUUGCUUCAAUCUCAUUGAGGUAAUAAUUGAUGAAGAUGAAUUUAGGGCUGGAAGUAAGAAACUUGCUGCACACCUUGCUGAUCCAGAAGUAGAGGGGAUUUAUGAGACAAAGGUGCCACUGGAAUUUAAUGCCAUCCUCCAGAUUGGUUGUGUCUGUAGAGUGGAUAAAGCAGUUAAGAAUCGAAAUUCUCAAAGCAUUUGGAACCUGAGUGAACUGCAUAUGAAGACCACUACAGAGUGUCCUUAUCUGGAGCAACAAAUCUCUUUCAUUUAUCUAUAUCAUAGCUUGUCUGAGGGACGGGCAAUAUAUAUUGCAUAUUUUCCUAUAUCUGGUACGCUAUCCGUUGUGGUGGUUAAUCCUUUUCAGAAUAGAGAUUUGUCCCCGUCUAUUCUUGAAAAGCAAUUCCGCGAAGCUUGCCAAGCCUUUUCCUCUGACCCUUCUCAUGGGAAUAAUAUCGUUUUUAAGGUGGACUAUGUGGGGCAUGCUAAAGAUGCUGAAAAGAUUUUGCAUAGGACAAUAAACGAGUACAGGCAUCAACACCAUGGACCUGCAGUUGCUGUCAUUGAAUGCCCAAACAUCCAUUCAAUGAAGACAGGCAUCCAUGUUCUGGAUGAAUUCCCUUGUGUAAACAUCCCCUGCAAUGCACGCGAUAGCCACUAUCAGGCUCUUGGAUGGCAAAUUGUGGCUGCGAAAAUUGGAAUGCAACGAUGUGCUGCAUCAUCACACUGGUUGAAUGAGAGGAUUUCUCUUUCAAGAUAUGCGCAUGUACCUUUGGGAAAUUUCGAACUUGACUGGCUUCUUUUUACAGCAGAUAUCUUCUACUCUAGAGCAUUGCAUGAUCAUCAACAGGUUCUUUGGAUAUCGAAUGACGGCAUCCCAGAUCUUGGUGGCAUUGUUGAAGAUGAUACAUGCUUUGCUGAUGAAGUCCACCAGCCUGUCCUUACUUUUCCUGGGGCAUAUAGAAAAGUGGCAGUGGAGCUAAAGAUCCAUCACCUAGCUGUGAAUGCUCUGCUGAAGAGCAAUCAAGUGAAUGAAAUGGAAGGAGGAGCUUUAUUUGGAUUUGACCAGGAAAUGAAUCCUGGAGCAAAGAUUAUUAAUGAACAGACUAUUUUUGAUGAAACAAGCUCUUGUGCACCUGCAUUUCGUGUUCUGAAACAAUUGAUCCAAAGGUGUCUUGCAGAUGCAGUUAAAUCUGGAAAUGUAUUUGCUGAUGCAAUAUUGCAACAUCUAUAUCGAUGGCUUUGCAGCCCACAGUCGAAACUUCAUGACCCUGCUCUUCACCGUGUACUGCACAAGGUUAUGCAAAAGGUGUUUGCAUUAUUGUUGGCUGAGUUUCGCAAACUUGGAGCCACAAUCAUUUUUGCAGACUUCUCAAAAGUUAUAAUAGACACAGGAAAGACGGAUUUGCCAGCAGCCCAGGCUUACUGUGACUCUUUAUUGAAAACCUUGCAAACCAGGGAUCUUUUUGAGUGGAUUGAGUUAGAACCUUUGCACUUCUGGCACUCAUUGCUAUUUAUGGACCAGUACAAUUAUGGUGGAAUCCAGGCCAAAUCCCAUGGUGGAAAUUCUGUUAAUAUUUCUAAGCCACCUAAUGAAGCUGAAGAGGAUGACUGCCUAGUGGAAAUUGUAUCUAGCUGGAAUAUUGCUGAAUACUUGCCGAAGGAGACUCAGGAUCAUUUUGUUUUGAUUGUCUCUGAAUUUAUGUACAAGCCAUGGAAGUUUGCACAAAAACUAACUGAAAAUAGAGCAUCUUCGAUGGACGGAAACCAAUGCACUCCAUCAAUCACCAUUGCUACUGCUGAGACUCUUGAAUUACAUGUGACAAAAUUCCUUAAAGAACAGAUCAGUUCUUACUUCACGGACAAGCUUCUUAGGAUUGUUCGGGACAUCGUCCUACAUGUCAAGGGACUGAACAAAUCUGAGAAUGAUGAUACAUCUCACGGAUCCCCUCACAUUGCUGGUUCUAAAAUACAUAAGGGGGAUGCAGCAUUGGAGUUCAUUAAGCAUGUCUGUGCUGUUCUUGCUCUUGACCGGAAUGUUCAGCAUGAUAUUCUGGUGAUGAGGAAGAAUUUGUUAAAAUAUGUCCGGGUGAGGGAAUUUGCCCCAGAAGCAGAGUUUCAUGAUCCCUGCCUGUCCUUCACACUUCCAAAUGUUAUUUGCAGCUAUUGCAAUGACUGCAGAGACCUAGAUCUAUGCCGUGACUCAGUUUUACUUGCACAAGAGUUGCGUUGUGCUGUGCCACAGUGUGGACAGCCUUACGAUCAUGAGGCAAUGGAGAAUGCGCUUCUUCAAAUUGUCCGUCAGAGAGAACGUCUCUACCAUAUCCAGGACCUUGUGUGCCUCAAGUGUAGUCAGGUGAAAGCUGCACAUCUAGCUGAGCAAUGCACAUGUGGCAGCUCAUUCAGGUGCAAUGAAGAUGCAUCUGAGUUUCAUAGAAAAAUGCAGGUUUUCCUGAACAUAGCUAUCCAUCAAAAAUUUGAACUUCUCCAUGAAUGUAUGUUGUGGAUUCUACAAAUUAAUUUACUUCAAACCUAAUGCAAGUUUGCUGAACCACUAUCUGAGCUAGGCAUGAAGUGAGAUUGAUUUGGGGCCUAUGCCUCUGAAGCAAGCAAAAAAGCAAUAGUAAUAGCUAGCAUAUGGAAGCAACUAGAGCUGUUGAACUGGAUCCUCUUAUGAUUUCAUCCCAUGUAUAUACCUACCUUCUUUGCGUCUCCAAUGCGUACAACAGCUACUCAUGUGGGUUUUCGCAUCACAAGCCAUGGAUUUCUCACCAUUGGGCGGUGUCGUCUUUCCUAGUAAAAGGAGUUUACUCAAUUUCACCUCUCAGCCAGGCCCAUUGUAAUUUGAUUCUGUAUCAUAGUCUCUAACUGAUAUUCAUUCUUGUUGAAAUGAAAUGGCAAUUUAUUUCUGUAUCAUAGCUUGUUACUAUACCAAGUGAAUUAAUUAAAUUCUUCCAUUUGUCAGGAACUUAAAUAUGAAUUCAAAACAAUCUAUUGUU